AUGGGCCAGUGCUACCACAAUGAGUCGGUGAGCUUCUUCUACAACAACAGCGGGAAAGAACUCAGCAAGCACUGGAGGCCCAAGGACAUGUUGGUAGUGACCCUGGGGCUAACAGUCAGCCUGCUGGUGCUGUUCACCAACCUGCUGGUCAUCACGGCCAUCGUCUCCAACCGCCGUUUCCACCAGCCCAUCUACUACUUGCUGGCUAACCUCGCAGCCGCUGACCUGUUCGCCGGCCUGGCCUACUUCUUCCUCAUGUGCAACACAGGCCCCAACACCGCCGGCCUGUCCUUGAACGUCUGGUUCCUGCGCCAGGGCCUGCUGGACGCCAGCCUCACGGCCUCGGUGGCCACGCUGCUGGCCAUCGCCGUGGAGCGUCACCGCAGCGUGAUGUCCGUGCAACUACACAGCCGCCUGUCCCACGGCCGCGUGGUGCUGCUCAUCGCCGCGGUGUGGGUGGUCGCGCUGGGCCUGGGACUGCUGCCCGCCCGCUUCUGGCACUGCCUGUGCGCGCUGGACCGCUGCUCCCGCAUGGCACCGCUGCUCAGCCGCUCCUACCUGGCCGUCUGGGCCCUGUCCAACCUGCUGGUCUUCCUGCUCAUGGUGGUCGUCUACAUCCGCAUCUUCUUCUACGUGCGCCGCCGGGUCCAGCGCAUGGCAGAGCACGUCAGCUGCCAUCCCCGCUACCACGAGACCACAGUCAGCCUGGUGAAGACCGUCGCCAUCAUUCUGGGCGCCUUUGUGGUGUGCUGGACGCCGGGCCAGGUGGUGUUGCUACUAGACGGCCUGGGCUGCCGCUCCUGCAACGUGCUGGCCGUGGAGAAGUACUUCCUGCUGCUGGCCGAGGCCAACUCUCUUUUCAACGUUGUGGUCUACUCAUUCCGCGACGCCGAGAUGCGCCAAACCUUCCGCCGCCUGCUCUGCUAUACCUGCCGCCGCCGCGAGGGGCGCGCGUCCCCCGGCUACACGGCCUCCCGCAUCAGCACCCGCAUCAUGCUGCCCGACAGCGGGGGCAGUAGCCCACCCACCGACUCCACCCUCUAG